UUGUUUCCUAUUCUAGUGAUUUUGUGUGCCAGCAAAAUAACCACACUAUGAUUUGGUAUUUGCAGAGCUCAGUUUGAAUACAAACUAAGUUGUGAUCUGGACUGCUGUACUGCAGAACAAAUGCUGCUUCAGGCAUUGUUUCCCAAGUUAGUUUCUUCUAAUCAGAACAGCUUAUAAUAGAAGUAGCAGCAAAUUUCAUUAUAAAAUAAGCUGCUUACUAUUAAUUUUGGCCUCUGCUUUUAGGAAAAAAUAUUUCAGCCUGUUACAUGAUCUCUGAGUUUUUAAUAAAAGAUCAGUCAUGAAGAUCUGAUAUGUGUACUUUUAAUGCAGCUGUUUUCUCUGCUAUAUAAGGCACAGCGUUGAUGACAGGAGUUCUGUCUUUGCCUGUGAGUCUGAAAAGGCAGGUUUGCUACUACUUCUGAUUGGAGGGAGACCUGAAAAAAAGUGUCCAUAGUGAUUAGAGAGUAAAACAGGAGAUAUGGGAAAAUCAAAAUGAGACCUCUUAGAAAAAGAGGAGAGUCACAGCAGAGAAGGGUAGAAAAACAGUGUAAUUGUGUGAGUACCACCAUGCCCAUUUCCUUGUGUGAUCUCAUUCAAAGCAAUAGUAUGGUAUUAGUUACAAUAUGCAAUCCAAAGAGCUUUUAUGAGAUGAUGUGAGAAGCCUCAUGUGUGCAGAGCCUGAAACAGCUCAUGAGGAAACAGAAGGAAAAUGUAUUGUGACAUCAUUGCUUCUAAAAUCAGCCUUCCUGCAUUUGAUAGAGCCCCAUUUUUUUGUUCUCUGACUACAACUUUCCUAUUGAGUAAAGCCUAAGCUCAUUCUAGAGUUACUUUUCUGAUGACUCACAGGGGUGUAGACUGAAGGCUUGGGUCAAGCUGUGUUCAGACCACUCCAGCUCUGUGUUACUGGCACAGAUGUUUAGUUGCUCAGGGCUUAGAAGAGCAAAAUUUCCAAAGUUCUUGAGAGAUGGCUUUAGAGACAUGUGGAAGCUGUUUGAGUUGCCUGCUGAUACCUCUUGCACUUUGGAGUAUUGUUGUGAACAUCCUCCUGUACUUCCCAAAUGGGAAAGCUCUGCAUGCAGCCAGUUACCAGCUCCCCAGCUACGUGUGGUAUUUUGAAGGGAUCUAUUUCUCAGGUGUGAUGAUCCUUCUUUUGGCAGUAAUUCUGAUGACGCUGGAGUGUAGCAUAUUCUAUCGGUGCUGCCAGAGUGAGAGCUGUAACAAAACCUACAGAAGUUUUAUUUCAAUUGUGCUAGCCCUGCUUGGAGUUGCUUUCUCAGGAUACAGUUGCAUCAUUUUUACCCUGGGUUUGAUUCAAGGCCCUUUCUGUAAUUCAUCAAGUGGAUGGGAUUAUAUUUUCAAAGACACUGCUGGGGGGUACCUCACAGAUUACCCUGCCUGGUCUCGAUGCACAGAACCUGCUAACAUAGUGGAGUGGAAUGUCAUUUUACUCUCCAUUCUCAUAGCUCUCAGUGGGCUGCAGCUGAUCAUCUGUUUUCUCAAAGUGGCUGCCGAGUUGAAGCGAACGCUCUGUGGGAACUAUUCUGUUUUUGUCCAGGCUGGGACUCUCUGAAAAUGGGAAGGAAACUGUUGCUGCCUCUCCCCCACCACCAGAAAAAGAGAGAUGGCCUGUCCAACAUCCAUGGUGGUAGAUUUGAGUGCUACAAAGACAAAUGAAACCUUUCUCUUCAAUCUUUGUCUCUCAAACCUCUCUGUUUUGGAUGAAGUCGUUCGAACUGUUUGACGUCUACAUUUUAUUUUGCCUGUCUUGUUGUCCCUGGCAGGGACUCUUCAAUUUUUUAACCUCCAACUUGUUGUGACAAUAGGGAUGUUUGAAUACCAUGGAACUACUUUUGUAUUGAAACCACCUUUCUUUUUUUUAAUAAACUGCUGUAGAACUGC